CUGUGAUGAAUGGGACUGGCCUUAAAGGCACAGUACACGAUUUUCCUUUUGCCCCACCCAACUGAAAAACAGAGAAACAGAAAGAGAAACCAGUUCAACUACGAUCAUAAGUUCACAGCAUUUUGACUUGACAACAGUUUCGAGUCAUCAUCAUGGGCCCUCAGACGAUACUUGUGUAUUUUCUAGCAUGCAUUUAUGGAGACGUCAUGAAAAUAGACACCACGGGUGCAUCAGAGGCGACAGCAAAACAGGACAAUUUAACCAUAAAGGGUGUUGAAGCCUCCAAAAAAUUGGCUGAGCAUGAUCUGGCCCGGAUGGAGAAAUACAAAAGUAUAAUCAUUAAAGUUGGCAGAGCAAAGCAGAUGGAUCCAGCUGUGAUUGCUGCCAUCAUUUCUAGAGAGUCCAGAGCCGGAGCCGCUCUGAAGGAUGGGUGGGGCGACCAUGGCAAUGCCUUUGGCCUCAUGCAGGUUGACAAACGCUAUCACACUCCAGUAGGUGCAUGGGACAGUGAGCAGCAUGUCACACAAGGAACUGAGAUACUCAUUAGCUCCAUUAAAGAAAUUAAAGCAAAGUUUCCCCAGUGGACUCAAGAGCAAUGCUUUAAAGGGGGAAUAUCAGCCUACAACGCAGGUGUGAAGAACGUCCGUACAUACGAGCGCAUGGACGUGGGCACUACAGGUGGCGAUUACUCCAAUGAUGUUGUGGCCCGAGCCCAGUGGUACAAAAGCAAGGGUUACUGAAGAACAGCUGUUAUAAUCUUUUUUAUUCACUCUAAACAUUAUACACUAUUCUGUGCUGUUUUGUAAUUUUGAGAUAAAAUAAAACUCAUUUAUUUACUCAAA